AUGGUCCUGGCACUCUGGCUGGUGGCCAAUCUCAUAUUUGUCAGCUGGGCGUCGGCCUACGCCUACGUCAACUGGCUUUGUCUCGUUCUCCCCCUGUCGACAAUCCUCCUAACUAGUCCUCGGAGUCUGCCACACAUGAGGGUCUCUGAAUUAUGGCCUCUCCUUGCACCUGCAGCACUGGCCUUACACUGCUCGGCCAGCUGGCUGCUGAAACUGUUUGACCCAUCCGGCGAUGACGGAGGUGUUCAAUUGCUUACUGUAGGAUUCAAUGCUAGUGCAUGGAUGCAUUCACUAAUCAACGUGUUUUCAUGGUGUCAAGCUGGUACAGGACAAUCGCACGAAAGUGGAUAUUAUCUUUUGUCAGUCUUUCCUGCUAUCUCUCGCAUGUUGCUUCACCCUUACUUCGUCUUUGAUGGGCCAGACUGUCCCCAACUCAAGAGGGGAAAAGACGUCGUAGGCUUCAACUGGCACAUGGCCCCAGGAGAGGCAGACACGGAGCUCACAAAUCUUCAAUCCUACAGACUAAUCGAGGCUGUGGUGACACUGUACAACAACACGCUACUAUUUGGCGCGACCUGCAUUAUACGCAGGUACGAAGACGUUCUAGUUUACUCCUCCAAAGACAUAGAAAACAUCGUCAGGUCUCGAAUUGGGGGACCUCUAUCUGAUUUUGUUGAUGAGCAGUGUGGACUGCUGAGGCAUGGACUGUUGCCCGUCAGGCUGGCAAAAUACGGCUUUGGAAGGAGUCUCUUGCGAGCCGCCACCGCACUCCAGUUUGCCGAGUUCAUGAGCUUCGUUUCCAAGUGGCGUGACAGUGUCUGUGAGGUGCUAAGAACGGAUCCUCGACAGUUCCUUGGACGUAGACACUACGAACUUGCCCGCAUCAUCGUGGAGGAGUGCAUUGAGUUCCCUGACCCCACUCCUGAUCUCACGUCCCUGGCAGAAUUUUGUUCGCAGUACCUUGACUGGCCACUGGACGUCAUUCAGUCCAGAUUGGCGGAUGCUCGUGCUGGUGCCACUGUACGUGCACUUCUACAGCUGCCAGGCAAUGUCGACGGCGAGAGACUGCGAUGUGAUCUUCGAGUCACAGGCUACUUCGACGAGUCGCUGUCCUCACCCACAUACAAGCUCUCUGUUCCAAUCCAACCCCUUGCAACAUCGGGUGAGAAGAGCAAUGGUGAUCCUUUCUAUGACAUGGAGAUUGUGGCGGUCGUGUUGGAAUACUCGAGGCCUGACUUAGCACUGGGCUCUGUCUGUCCAUCUUCCCCAUCGCCUUGUGUGGAGUUUGCAGAUGAGAAUGCAGACGUUAAGGAUACAUCGUGUCUCGAAGCUGGAAUUGAUGAUCCCAUGAACGAGGGCUAGUCAGGCUUACUACACACUUUUUGUAGCAUCGUAUCAGCUCGUGAGUGG